UCGUUUUCACAAACGGCACACCCAUCCAUAUUAAGAAGAAAAAAAUACCAUCCACUUACAAUCCAUUCGCUAUCUAUCAAUUUUGCUUUUGUGCCUUUCAUUUUAUGUUCUGCCGUGGCGUAGUGUGGUGUGUUUUUCUUCGUUCAUUCGGUGUUUAGUUCGUGUGAGAGUGAAUGUUCAUACAUUUAGUGAAGUUAUUUAUAGAAUUUUGAUUAUUUAAUAUAAAGUGUCUAUACACGUAAGUGUUUUAAACAGGUGCUAAGUUAAAUGCAUUAUAUUGUGUCUUUAAAAUUUCGCAUAUUAUUAUUGCUUGUUAAUAUGUUAAUAUGUGUGUGAAAUUGAAUAGUGCCUUUGGUAAAAGUGUUGCCACAUGAUCGUUUCGUUAAAUGUAAUUUAAAUAUCGAAUUUAAUAUAAAAUGCUGUUAUAUAGAUUAGUUAUAAAACUUUACUUUUUUAUUAUUCAGUGGUAAUACAAUUCGGUGUAUAAUAAAACAAAUAUUUGCAUGUGUACAUAAAAAUAAUGUGCAAAGAUAAGAGGAUCCGAUCCGUCACAAUUCGCAAGUAAAGUGAAUGAAUUUCUUUGUAACCAAGUGCGCGUAAAUAAUUAAAAAAAAAAUAGAAAAUUCAAGUUUGAACAAUAUUAGCCAAUUUAUAUGUACAUAUAUGUACAUAAAUUAUAUUCAUUAUCUCAAUUUGUUGAUAGACGUUCAUUUGAAAGCUAAUAUCUGCGCUGACCCCAACAGUCAUGAAUUCUAAUUUCUAAGUAUAGAUUUAAAGAAAUGGCGCUUUCUAAGAAAUUUCGUUGAUAAUUUUUGUGUUUAGUGAAUUCGAAACAUCUAUACAUAUAUUUUAAUUAAAAUUCAUAUGUAUACUAUACUAUCUCCGUAUUUAUCACAUCUCACAUUAUCACAGCAACCAACUUCAAGCUGUAGUACGCUGUCAAAAUUAAGUAUUCUAUUCGCAUGACGCUGGUUCUCUCGUUUUCGGUGUCGUGGUUUAUUGCGAUUUGCCAUUAAAAUACACGGGAUUCUUAUGAAAACAAAAUAAAAAAAGCAAAAUCUCAUAUUGAUGAAUUAAAGCGAAAAAAAAUCGUAAUAUUUUAAGAGUUUCACAAAACACAAAACAUUUGAAGUCAGAUUUGAUUAAGUGCUUACAUAAAAUCUAAAUAAUAUUUAUGUACACUUAAAUAUGUAGAUUUUUAUACUCUCGCAACAACGUUGCUAAGAGAGUUUUAUAGUUUUGUUCACAUAACGGUUGUUUGUAAGCCAUAAAACUAAACGAGUUAGAUAUAGGGUUAUAUAUAUCAAAAUGAUCAGGAUGAUGAGACGAGUUGCAAUCCGAAUUCGAUUCUGAUCUUGACGAAUGUUCCUUGAGAUCGUGGGAGAGUUGCUAUAUUUAUAAAAAAUUCGUUAAUUUUCCUUCCAAUGAAAUAAAAUUCAUCUAAUAAUUUGUUAGUUUUAUCCCAUGAAAAGAUAGUGACACAACUGAUUCGAAUAUUAGUUUUGCUUAUACAUAUUCGAAAAGGUGAAAAUCCAUUCAAAUUCUGAGACACCAUCGAAAAUCAGUAUGGGUUUGGCAUUUCGACAACUAUAUACAUCUGUCUUUCACAACAACCCUGAUUACUAGUACCCAGCUUAAUUACUAUAGACCAGCUACUAUACAAUAGACGUCAUACAUAAUAGGUUAUGUUAGGUUAAAGUAGUAGGCCAAUACGACACACAUAGACCUAUUUAGGUCCUUUGCGAUACCAGAUGGAGUGCCGUCACGUUGUCCACGAGGAGUAGUCAUCCUUUAGGAUGUCUGCGCUUGACGCGAAUUUUAAAAGCAUUUUGGCUUCACUUUCGAUACCUCUUCCAGAUUCUCAUAUUGUGAGGCCCCCAAGUAGCGAAGUCGUUGCCUUGACAAUGCAGGGUAGGUGCACAGAAGAUGCUUCAUUGUUUCUAUUCUAUUCUAUACAUAAUAGAGGUGUACAGAUAUUAUAUUUCUCAGUACACGUAGUCAGUGCGGGUAAUACAGUCAAAAUCGCAACAAAAUAUUUUACUAAAAUUAAAAUAGAGACUAACAACAGUAGCUGCAGCAGGAUGUUAAAACCAUACAUCGAUGUUGGGGUAUCUCCAUUUGUCGCAACAAUAAUGAGUUAAAUUUUUUUGGAACUUAAUAAAACAAAUUCGAGUAAUUUUUAAAAUUUCUUUCAAAUUUUAAGAAACAUUGCAAAAAAGAUCAACAAUAUGCCGCUGCUGUGUUGUGAAUAACUAUGUACUUAAUAGUUUGUGAAAUACCUCAAAUCAGUUUCUAUGCUGAUAGGUGUGAAUAUGUGACUACAUGCCUAGAUUUUCUAAAUUGUGUUGACUAUUCGCAAUUUUAUUUUUUUUUCAGUAAACCAACAAUUUAUCAAUUAGCAUAUCGUUAUUAAAACACGACAAAUACCACCCUGCUGACCUUUUAUUCUAGUGUAACGCUCAUAUUCAGCGAUAAUUGUUAAACGCUUGGUGUGAAUAAUUGCCCUUAUAGAUAGCUAUAUAAUUUGUAUAUUUAAUCACGUCAAUGAAGAGUUAUGUAGCUUGUGAUAUAGACACGAUUUGUUGCGAUUAGUAAUUACGCAUCCAAAUCGUUAUUGUUGUGCCUACUUUAUAAGUAUUUGGCAGUGACAAAGAAUAAUUUUAAGCACAACUUUGUUGUUGCAAGCUUCGUUCAGCAGAACAUACAGAUUGUAUAUACUUCUAUCUCGUGGCCUGAGCAUAUAAUAAUUACGUUUUGUCUCUCGCGAAUACCACAACAACACCGCCACUACAUUUUGCUUACGUAAGCAUUUUAGUAUUUAGUAUUUUCUAUUUUCAUUUCCUUUUUUUUUUGUUGGCUGCUACAGCGAAAUUUGGCUGCACAGUUCUUUGUUUCCAGUUCUAAAAAAUAUUUGCGGUGACCUUUCCUGUUUGUUGUACUCUCAUAUUUUUUUUUGUAAGUCGACAUGCAAAAACUCAAUAACUGUGUGUGUGUGUGGUUGUAUAUGCAUGUUUGUAUUUUAGUGCGAAAAUAAUGUAGCGCCUGCCGCUGAACGUCUAUACUCCACAGCUGCCAACUAACGACUGACUAGCGCACACUGUGUGUAAAUGCUAUUUAGCGCUUCGUUGUUCUUAUAUGCAUUUAUAUAGGUGUGUAUGUAUACAUGCUCGUGCAUACAUAUAGCUUGUAUGUGGUACGUGGUUCCACAAAGUUCAGUCUUUACUACUUUUGCCUUCGUUUUUAUUAUUUCUUCAUUUUGAUGUUCGUACGGUACGGUUUAGCAGCGUUCGCGUGUCAGGAAAAGCCAAAUGAAUUUCUUACUUUAAAUAUUCAAUUUUAUAAUUCCUAUAUAAAAAAUGGCUGAUUUUGAUAAAAAAUUUAAAGAAAUGCAGAAAUUUCUGCCAUUUCUACAAAAUGUCAUCGAAAAAUUGCGUAGCAGCACCGAACAAAGUGAUGAUAAUCCGCGCAAGGAGCAAUUGAAAAAAAUGGAGGUGCUACACGAUCUACUAAAGAGUAAUGGCAAAAAAUUAAAAAUGGAGACUUUACAAAAAUGCGAGGCAUUAUUAAUAAAACUGCAUAGCAAAAUGGAAAGGAGUGAAAAUGAGACUUCCAAACCAACUAAUCAAACUUCCAACUUAAUAUACAAAACAACAACAAAGUCAAAUACAGAAGUGCCAAGUGAUAAAAAUACAACAGUGUAUAGUGUUGAUAUUGUUGAUAUAACGGGGCCAGAGAGUCCACCACCACAGCCAUUGGAGGAGGUGCCACCUGUAGAAAUACCUACAGAAAGGCGUUGCUCACCAAUGCCCGAUGUAAAAUCGUCAAGAACGGAACGUGAUAAACAUAAACAUAUUGCACAUAAGAAUGAACGCAAUUACAAACAACAUAGUAGUCAGCAACAACCAGAACGUCAUCACCAUCAUACUCAAGCACUAAAUCAUAAUAGAAGUGUUGAAAAAACUAAAAUUAAUACAAAUGACUCAUCACAGAUUUUCAAUAGACGCAGUGUUGUUAGCGCGGAAAUUGCGACUGAUACAGCAAAUAAAUACCCAUUCGAUCCGCUAAGAAAUCGUGAUCCACGCGCAUCGAAUGCCUUUACACAUGAAAUAUAUUCUCCCGAAGAAUGUUGGGAUAACCCUUCAAGUGGCAAACGUACAGCUACUAAUGCAAACCACACUGCGGUUUCAACCGAUCUCGCUACCGCCAAAAGUUUGCGUGAUCAGACAUAUCACGAUACGAUAUUUAAUUUUAAGAAAAGUCUGCCGAAAACAGCUGAAAUGUUUUCACGUGUACGCAAUCUGGAACAGCCAACGGCUGGCUCCAACAGAACCGCAGCUAUUUCAAUGCCCGUCAAAGUGCCUACUAUACCGGAUGUGUUGAAAAGUCCACCAUUGUCGGCUAGCGAUAUCUCAGAUUUGCUGAAAGAAAGUGGUGGAAAAGUUGUACCAAGUAUCUCAGAGAUCGGUAUACGACGUCCAGCUAAAGACACAGUUUCUAAUAAUAUCGGUACAACCGUCCAACAAAUAUCACCCAUGGAAGCAGCAACAUUGGAUCAGGUGCGCAAAAAAUUUGCAAUUGUUACAAAAAGUUCACCACAAUUACGAGACAGUCCUGAUGUGUUAAAAUCGCCGUUGACAUCUUCACCUAAAGAUAUACCAACAUCCUUGCCAAAAGAACGUAUAGCUUUAAAAUACAAUCCACACCCACGGACGGAACGAAAUACACAACCGAUCGGAAGUAGCAGCAGUAGUGCCAGCGUUACGCAUGUUGCACAGCCCAUUGAUCCACGUCUAACUCAUAGGCGCUUGAGUAUUGCUGGGAAUAAUUUGUCAACGGGCAGUACGUCAAAUGCACUGAACUCAGCUGCGCCACAUGAUCCCAGACUACGGAAUGUUGCUGCCAGCACUACGACUUCCGGUCUAUAUAAACCCACUUCUCUGUCUAUUAACACUAAUGCGACCAACAAGCCGCCACUAAAACAGCCCCACAUACCAAGUUUAUUAGACGUUAAGGUGGCGGAUCCACGCAAAUCGUACAAUGCAAAUUUCACAAAUACAACAAUGGUUCCAAGGCAACACGUGGGAAAUAAUAUGCCAGCAAAUCAAACACAAGCGGCAAUAUUUUCCAGAAGAGAUUUCCCUAUAAAGACAACGGCGCCUGUUGUGGAACGGCCCACGGUACAGAAGAGCAAAAGUGGUUAUAGCAGUGAAGAGAACUGGGACUCUGAUCCGGAAACGCCUGCUGUACCAAAAGUUGUAACACAGCCAUCGCAGCCUACACAAAAUCAACCAUUUACAGAACCUGUAAAGGCAAGGGACGGACAUACGGAUGCAGGUUUUCGAUCCGUGAAACCACCAUUGUUACCUACACCGACAUUCGGACGUCCAAUAGGUGGAAAUGGCUCAAAACCAACACACCAUGUAAACCCGCAUUUUCCAAACCCACAACAUUCCCAAAGUGUGCCACAAUAUUCCAAUAAUUGUAAGUUUAGCGCGUUGUUAAAUGAUAAAACCGAGCGUUCUAAAUAUUUUGAGUCGAAGAAACAAAAGCAAAGCGAACCACGUACUUAUAUGGAACAUAGAAAGGCGAAGGCGCGUGCGGCCGCAGAAGAUGCGGCCAGGAAAGCCGCCGCCAUAGAGACGACAAAGACUCCUACCAAGGAUAUUGGUGAAGUGAGUGAUGUGGAUAGCAGUGUGUUGGCGAAGCUCUCCGAACAUCCGCCUGUCGCCUCAACAUUGGACAAACUAUAUCGUAGCACCGACUUUACUAGCUGUGAAUUUCCCAAAGCCAAAACUAGUUUUAAAAUACCAAAGAAGCCUGCAGAAAAAACGAUAGAGAAACCCGUAGCAGAACCCAAAGUUGUUGUGGAGAAUAAGGAAGAUGUUAAGGAAACACAAAAAGAGCCUUUAAAGGACACUUCAACUACAAUACAAGACGAUACGAAGAAAACAGAAGAGAAGAUGCCAGAACCAAAGAAAAUACAAGAGGGUACCAGCGAAAAACAGCAGGGAAAGAAAAAUAACAAUAAAGAAAGUGCUAAAAAAGUAUGUGUGGAUACAAAAAAUAAGAGUAGUGAAAAUGUGAAGAAGAAACCUGUAAGUAAGGGUGGUGUGCAAAGCAAAUCGCAAGCAACAUUAAAUACAGAUGUUACAAAGAUCCAAAAUAAGUGUAAUAAAUCCGAGGAAGUGGUAGAAAAUAACAUCACUAAGACAGUGAAAGAAAUGGGUUUGAGUAUUAAGAUUUCACCAAACAGUGCCGAUUCUUCCAAAGAACAAGCAAAUAACACAACGGAACCGAAGCAAAGCAAUGAGACUCAAAAGACUGUUGAGGAUAAUCCCAUACUGGAAUCAGCCACUGAUAAAAGUGAUAUCGAGAAGAGUGGUGCAGAGAACUUGGUUUCAGAGAGUCCAGCAAAAGACGAGUGUAAUGAAACAAAAUCUAUGCCAACAAAGGAGGUCGAUUGUAAAAGCCUGUCAACAGCUAUGUUUUUAAAGAAGCUACAAGGUAUCGGGAAACCUGCGCGGAUUCUACAGCGCCGUAACACCAUGAUGGUUCGUGGUAGUUUACCAGAAGUGGACAAAGAAAAAAUCUUUCCGAUAAAAUCAUUAGUGUACGAAGACAUUCAAGGUGCUAAAGAAGAAGAACUACGGAAGGAAAUUGCUAAAAUGCCCAAAAUGAACAAGAGUCUUGCUGAGAUGUUUCAAAAAACCGAUGAUAAUUGUAAGGUUUCAACACAAAACAUUAUUUCGGGUAAACGUCGCACACGCACGAAUGUGAAUUUCAAUGAAGUCCAGCGUUCGUUGGAAAUAUUUAAUCACAAACGACGUAGUGAGCCGUUAAAACAGCCAGUGGAGAAGGCGUCACCCGUAACAAUAAAGAAGAAGGUCUCCCCCAAAGGCAAGAAAGGUGCAAAAGGCAAGGCGAAGAAUGACACAAGCGUCGAUACUACGUGUGAAGAAGAGUUAGUUAAAACUGAGAAUAUAGAACAAGUGACUGCAACGAAGACAGAAAAGAAACCAACAAAACGUAGAAGUGCCAAGGUUAUAAAAUGGGAAGAAGCUUUAGAAUCGCCUGAACCUAAUAAAGCAGAUGCCGACAAUGAAGCGGCAAGCAUAGAAACGAACGAGGAAACUGUAGAUAAAAUAGUACAAGUUGAAGAAGCGACGACGACGACAGUUGUAGUAGAGAAGUCGGUUAAGCCCAUCAGCAGAAUUGACGCUCUAAUGGAUGAGGAUGCACAGAAACGUCUUUUGUUGGAGAGUUUUGUGCAUGAUAUACUAAAUCCCAAAAAGGACAAAGCGCAAAUCUUCAGUUUGCUAUCACAAAUACUUAGCGAGGAUAACCUAAAAUUUGUAAAAGAAAUCGUAGACAGUGCAGCCGAUAAGACUGCAACACAAAACGAAGAAGUUAACGAGGAGGUAGCCGAAGAAGAAAACAAUAAAUCGCCAAGCGUUGAAGCACUUAAUGUGAACAAUGCCGAGGAAAAAACAAUAAAAAACGACAACACAGCAGCUGUGUGUGCUCCAAAACCGAUUAAAAGUAAAGGGAAGUGGAAAGGAAGGAAGAACGAAUUAGAUCGUCUAAACGAAGAUAUACGAACUAUGUUCAUCAGUCAAGGUGUGCUGACAGCCACCGGUCGACGUAUGUGCACUUUAGUCGCUGCAGCCGAAGAAGCAAACAAAACAGAUGCCAAUACCGAUAAAAACGCGACGCCACACGAAGUGGCGGAGGCCGAAGUGAUAUGUAAAUCACCAGCUGCACAAGCCGAGCCUGAAAUACCAACAGUACGGCGUUUACGUAAAGCUAAAGUCUUGCUAAAGCAUAUUGAUUUCAAAGAAAUUAAAAAAUCUGCAGACAUUGCUGAAACUGAAAUGGAUGAAGUAAGUGCCGAUAAGUCACCACCACGAAAAAUGCCUAUACUCAAACCGCACACGCCAAUAAAGCAAUCGGAUAUAGAGGAUGAGAUCAGUGAAUUAGCUGAGAGACCAGCAGCUAAAAGAAUUAAAUUAGAUACGGACGUGAAGAGAGUACACACACGCCCUGGUCCGAAAUGUAGUAAAAAACAACCGAUUGCCAUAUCAUCGGAUGAUGACGUAACUGAUGCUGAUGAUAACAGCAGCGAUAAUAAAGUUAUGCUGCCGGCUUUGAUGGCAACUAAAAAGAAGUCAAUUGUUAAGAAUACAAAUAAGGAAUGGCAUUCGCAAUCCAAGUGGGCGCAGUGGUGUGUGCUGUGUGACAUCAAAAUUACGCAACCGGCCACACAUUACAUGCGCUCGCAUGGUGAAUUCUAUGCCGCACGUUUGGCGCCUAAUAUAUUGGAAAAACUUAAAGUCGGUGAAAUGAACAAGCCUUACUUCAGUGUAUUAAGUAAGAAAGUAACAACCUGGUUCUAUCGUUGUCCAUUUUGUUUGCAAUAUAAACGCAUGCAAUGGCAGGGUUGGUUGAAGCACCUAAUAAUGCAUACCGGUGAAUACAAUUUUGAGUGUAGUAAAUGUCAACGACCAGCAGCUAUGGCUUGUCAACUGGAAUAUCAUGUCAAACACAAAUGCCUAGGCGCAACAGUUGUGCGCAAGAAUGCGAUACCAUUUGAUACGGAGCUACGUGCGCAUGUGUGUCAUCGUUGUCAUUUCAUACAGUUGAUUAGAGAGAAUAUGGAUAAACAUUUCGUACAGCAACAUGGUAUCGCCAAAACGAGAGCUACCAAAAUGGGUUUUACAAUUGUACUCUUUGAUACUACAGAUGUACAACUAAUCGAAAACUCGAGAACGUUGGAGUUGGAAACGAAAAUAAUCAACGAAGGUUUAGAGACGAUCGAUAUCGUGGAGAAUGCAACUGCGGCAGAAACCAAAAGUAAAGAUGAAAGUAUCGAUAGCGAUGAUAUACCGAUUGCCGUAACGCUGCAGUGUAACAAAGCUGCUGAAGCUAAAAAGAUUGCUGUGGAGAAAGCUUUAAGCUCCAAUAUAUUUGUGCCCACACGUGAGACUAACGAAUCACCGACAAUGAAUAAUUUUGCACAAAGCCUAUUCACAAUAACAACUGUUCAAGAAACCGCUCCAAGUUCUAGUGGCAUAUCGAUUGCUGAACGUUUAUCACAAAAAUUCAAGAACAUACAAAGCAACAAAGCCGCCACAAUAGCCAAUAUCGACAAGGUAAUGGAUAUACCAAAUACAAUUGCCGCUGAGGCGGUUGAGCGUGCAGCACCGGCACCAAGUAUCACUGAUGAGUCGUCUACUACGACAUCGAGCAAGGAAGUUGUUAGCUGCCCAACGCUAGAAAAUCAGUUUAACUCAGCAACUGAAACAGCGCUUUCGACGAACACUGUAGCUAUAGCACCGGCGCAUGAACAACAAUUGAACUCAACGAUCGAAACAGCACUUCCCACAGAUGAUGUAAGCAUAACACCAGAGAUUGAGCAACAGUUGAACUCAUCGACCGAAACGGCGCUUUCCACAAUGGACGUAAUCAAAACAGCGGCGAAUGAGACAUCAGAUCAAGUAAUAGCAGCUUCGACAAGUGAGCGUAUAGUCGAUUCACCCAUUGAAGACGACGAUGAUAACUGGGAGGAUAUUGAAAUCACAGAGUCAGCGCCAAGCACCACCUCAUCCACGAUUUCGGCAGCCUCAAGCACGAACAACAAGAGUGUUAAAACCAAAAAUAAGAAUGUGUUGCAUAAGCUAAAUCGACUGUACGCAACGAAUAACAAGCUGAAGAAGAGCUUAACAUUAACUAUUGGAAGUAGAAAGAGAGAAGAGAGGAGGGAUUCGAUAGCUAGCAAUCCAUUUAAUAAGGAAAAUGCAGUACGGACUGCUGUCAUAAAUGUCGAUAAGUCGAAUGAACCAGAGACAGUAGAGUUACCCACAAUUAAUGCUACUUCAACAGAUACCGUUGCGACUGCAGUAACAACGGAGACUACAGUUACAAUGCCAUGCAUAAUUUUGAGCACCAACACAGUAACACAGUCAACCGUAGCUCCAGCUACAACUACAAACGCGGUGUCGGAAAAGGAAGCAAUAACUGUGGCAACUGCUGCACCAAUACUCGGUUUUCGCCCUUUAAUUACAAAUUUGGACGACUUGUUGCCGGACUCACCAUGUAAUGAUCCCUUAGAACUGGUGCCUGAGUUGACACCCAUGGAAUCGCUACAAGACCUCUGCGAUGUCUCAUCUAUACUCAAUUCAGAUUAUAUGUCUGACAAUUGGUUGACAAAUACGACGACUUCAAAUUUGAAUAACGACAACAGUCAGCAGGCGAAUAUGCAAGAGGCUUUGGAUUUCGUUAAAGAGCAACAAAGUGUACAAUGUAGCGUGAAUACAACCAUGCCUUUGGCACCAUUAGCUUCAAUACAACGCAUACAAAAUAUCGGCUAUUCGAAGUCGGUCGAUGAUAACACAUACAAAUUUUAUUGCCUCUCUGACAAUUGUACGUUUCUUUAUUCGAGUGAAUUGAUUGGACUUGAGAGUCAUUUUCGUUGCGAGCAUGCGCAAGCCGCGUGGAAUGGCUACUGUCACAGCUGUAAAGCUAAAGUUGAAGCUACCGCAGAAAGUAUGCUACCUCUGUCUGCCGAACUCAGUCACAUGAGUUCGAAACACUUGAUUGUAGCUAGCGCUCCACCCAGCUUACCUAUUGUGGAUGAUUUACGGCAAACUUCUAAAUCUAAUUCACCAGCACUAGAUGAGGAUAGACCACGUAUUAAGAUUAGACGCUUAACCGGCGAUUGUCUUUCAACAACGCCAACUCCUACCACAACGCAAAGCUCGAAAACUGUUUCGACUUUUGAUGAAAACGCACAGCUUGUUGCAUUGACGCAAGCAGCAUCACGUUUGCAAUCAACGAUUACAACUUCAUUCUUAAAUCAAUUACCAACGACAGUGGACAAACAAUCCGUUGAGAACAGACAUUUUGAAAAUAUUGGCCUUCAAGCACAAGCAUGUCCACUUAAUAUCAUAAAACCUAGUACGACAACGCCGUGUCAAUUACAAAUAGCCAGUGUAGUUAGUUUGCAAGAUCAACAAUUUUCCAAUGCAGUCGCACCAACUGCGCCGCUACCAGUGAUCUCAAAUGUUUGCAGUUUAAAUUCACGUUCCGUUUCGUCGCCAGUCAAUAAUGUCGGUUCGCUUUGGGCUCAGCACAUAGUAGACGAACGUACCGAAUUAGAACGUGCGGCCGCCGAGUCUAUGGAAGUAUCACGUAUAUUAUCCAGUACUUAUUCGAAUACACCUACGCAGAGCAAUGCUAUCGCCACUUCAAUACGCACUAUUAACGACUCACCCGAACCGCAAGUGGUGGCUGAAACUGUGCCUGUCGCACAAGCCACUAGCGGUAAUUAUCUGAUAACCCAAACAGUUUCGGCGCAAUAUGUUGAAGGACGCGUUGGCUUUAACAUAUCGAUUGCAAACAAUCCUGCAGUGCGCUCCAUCCGUUCGGAUUCCGGUAGUAAUGGCAGCACAACGUCAGCAGUGGUCGCGCCGACACCACAAUUUAAAUGUAUGGCAAAUGCUUGUAAAUACCAGACGCGUCUACCUGUAGCCAUGGUCGAUCACAUACAUUUCCACGAUCGUCAAAACUUUAGUCCACAACGUGAAUAUCUGCGUUGCUCUCAAUGCACAUUUUUGGCCGAAGAUGUAGAUGGUUUCAUACAGCAUUCAGAGCAAAAGCAUGGCAUGUUUAUGCGUAGUGCUACGGAUAUAGGUAGUACGAUCACUAAUGGAAGUCCCCAAACCACAGUCGGUAACACGACCACAAACCAGGAUACCAAUAAGAGACAAGAACAAGAUAUGCCUCAGACAUUUACUCAAAAAACAUGGGAAACCGCCUUGAAGGAAAUCGUCGCAACAACUGGUGUGCCAGACUCUAAACUUUUCCGCUGCACCGUUGAGGAUUGCAAGACUAGAUUAAACGAAUCUACGUACUUUUCACAUGUCGUCUAUCAUUUAUCCACACUUGGACAGAAAAAUAUCAAUAACCGUACCUAUAAGUGCUCUCACUGUUAUUGUAGUUACAAUAAGCCACAAAAGAUCAAAGCGCAUAUAAAGACACACGGUGUGCAUAAGUACUUCUGUUACCUCUGCACCCAGACCGCCAUCAACGUCGAACAAAUGCACAAACAUUUCGAAGAGCGUCACUGGCGUUCCAAAAAAUUACGCUCCACCCCCUUACCGUAUAAACAAGAUGCCACCACAACAUACUAUGUGAUUUACACAACACUACUAAGUAAAUAUGAAAUACAACAAUUUCGUGAGAAAUUAAUUGCCGAAUGGCAGCGUAAAAAGUCCAGCGCACGCACACACUUCAAACCGAGUGAAAUCGGUUUAAUGCCGCUAACGCCAAUAUUCGGUAAAGACUUGAAUUGCGCCAUUUGCGCGUAUAAAACGAAGGUGCGUACGAAUUUGAUGCGUCACCUGCAAAUGCACACGGACGACAGUAAUGGCGGCGCACAGCCGGUGGCCAAUGUGGAUCCAGUCAAUCCGGUGCCAUGCUUGAAUUCCAGUGAGAAACAUUUCGAUAAAAUGACAAAUUUAGCCUCAUCCUCAUUGGUGGUGAGCAGCAGCGGUAGCACGUCGGCAAAUAGCACGAACGCCAGCGCAAAUGGCUGCGCUAAUGGUAAGGCGAAAUUUACGUACGACUAUGUGCCGGAUACGAAACGUUUUACUUGUGGCGUCAGUAAUUGUCAAUAUCUAACAAUAUCGGAUGAUAUUUUCCGUUCGCAUUUAAAUGCUUUGCACAGCGAUAUCACCGUUUACAAUUGUCCACACUGCAAGGAAGAGAACUGCAAACGUGGUCUGUCAGUUGAUCGCAUUUUGGGGCAUUUACGUUUUCAUGGCGCGAAAUUGUAUGUGUGCGACUCCUGUGGCUAUAUGCAUUAUAUGCGUACGGUGGUCGAACGACAUAUACGACAGCACGAUGUGCAUCCGCCGCUCUUCGUGAAGGUGAUCGAGUGCGAUCGUACCAAAGAGAAUACAGCUAAGAAAGUCGAUAACACACCAACUCCCACCGGGAUAGGCACCCCAACUGUCGCUCCAACCGAUACACAGCAGUCCAAAUGUAAACAAAAGUGGACGUGUAAUUUAUGUGGUCACAAAACAAUGACGCAACAACAAAUUAUAGCGCAUACAACAGCACAACAUUCGUGUAAAAAUCAAUAUCAAUGCAUGCAUUGCGCCUUCAAUGCAACACAACUAAUACAAAUCAUGUCGCAUAUCGAUGAGAAGCAUGCGGGUAAAAAGCGUGAAGCGCGUUAUGUCUAUGAAAAGUUGGGGGGCAAGGAGGAGGAGGAGGAGGAUAGUAAUAAUGUGAAUACGAUUGAUACACGCCCGCUCUGGCAACGGGACGAUCCAACACGUGUGCGACACAUACGCGGCAUACUCAUGGAGGAUGAGGAGGAGUCGGAACGUUAUCGGAAACGUUUACGUUUAGAUGAUAUUGACGAGAUAAUGGAAAACGAUGAUGGCGAUGAGAAUAUAAAUAUAAAUCAAUUUGGACUCGUGUGCUACUAUUGUUGUGCGCAAUGCGCCAGCCCCAAAGAACUGUUUGAGGAACAUUGGCAAGCAACGGUUUGCACGAAAUACGAUGCGAAAAAACCUUUACGCUUUCGUUUAGGCAUACAGCUAAAAUGCGCGCAUUGUCUUGCGUUUGUGGGCAAUAGUCAGCAAUUGAUGAAACAUAUGAAGGAGGUGCACAAGGCAACAAAAUAUGUAGCCGCCGAUCCACACGCCACAGGUGCCGGCCUAACGUGCGGCCAUUGUGGUUAUCAUAGUCACACAUUGCUGCAUUUGGCACAGCAUACGACACGUAUGCGUCAUAAACCCUUCGAUCUGAAAACCAUCACAAUUGCACAGUUAGAGAAACUUAAAGCGCUCGGUACGCCUUUAAGUUAUGUGCACUGUCUCAGUUGCAUGGAAUUGCUGGCCGAUCAAGCGGCCUACGAGGCACAUGUCUUGGCGCGCGCCAAUGUGUGCGAUAACAACAAAUCGCAAAAGCUCGUUAAUAAGCUGAUCUAUGCUUGUCCGUUUUGUGCGUACACAUCACAAAAUGAGAUUAUAGUAUUACGUCACAUGAUCGAACAUUAUAGCGGUUUCAAGCGUUGCUAUUUUUGCACACAACCACAAGCCACAUUCAACGGUUACAUGCAACACUGUUACUCGGAUCAUCGCGAGGAAAUCAAAAAUUUCUGCGUAAUCUUUACGAUUCAUGAAAUUAGUAAAUACUUGCAACAGUUAUUGGUCGUAUUCCCCAAUGGCUUAACUUUCAACUUGAACAAUCUACGUUUAGUACAAGGUCUGCGUGAUUACGGUAAUAAACAUAUAAAACAACUAUAUGAGGAAAUACAAAAGACGUCACAGCAACCGCCGAUACCGCGUCUAUCGCUCGGCCGUUUGGUAGCGAAAAAAUGCAGCGAGGCAAAAAUGUCUCCAACAGCAACAAAAGAAAGCGCAUCGGUCUCAACGGCGGCCGCUUUACAGCUAGCGGGCAAUAAUGUCAAGCAACUACAAACUGCAUUUAAAGCGCAAAAAAUCAUGAAACGACGCAGCACAAUUGCAUUGGGUAGAGAUGAGGCGGCAAUUACACACCUUGCAAUGAAUUCACCGACGGUUGAUGCUAGAACAGCGCGCCUAUUUAAUGUUAAAAAACGCAAAAUACAACAUAACCUCGAUUUGUUGCCACCACCCACAGCAACAAUUACAAUACCAACGGCUACCACUAACAGCGUACCGCGUGAUCCACUAAGUCUAAGUGAUAAUGAAACGGAACCACAACCAUUUAGCUACUAUGGUCAAACACCGGAGCCCAUAGAUUUCAGCAAAGUUUUCAUAAAAAUCGCUGCAGCCAAUACCGUUGAGACCAAAAUCAAUAUAUCCAAAUUCAAAUUGUUGUACAACAUAGCGCCGCGUGUACUGGUGACACCAACUGAUAUGACAAAGUACUGCAAGCCAAGUGUAGUGCAAGCAAAAUAUGUGAAACCAUGUCCGGCGAGUCACAAAAUCAGAUACACUUGAGUGGUUUAAGCACAUUACAUACAAUGUGUGUGUGGUGGUUAUUUGGUGUAUAAAGUUAAUUAUGAGAUUAAGCACAUAUUAAUGUGUCGUUGUGGUUUCGUGUUUAUUUUAAGCAACUAAAUUAUAUUACAAAAUUUAACUACACAUAAGCGCAGUGGCAGGCUACCGCUACUCAAUGCAUAAUGUAUAAGUAGCGUACAAAUGUGAAAUAAGUACUUUAAAAAAGUUGCUUAUUUAAGUAUUUUUUAUAUAAUUUAAAUUCCUAUUUUUUAUAGUAAAGCGUCAAGAAAAGACUUACAUACAUACAUACAUACAAUUUUGUAAAUACCGCUUAGGAACUGAUUAAUUAUAGUCCAACUUUAGAAAGAUAUGAAAGUAUUACAAUUAUAUUUAGGUCUAAGGUAACGUGAUUAUUAUCAAAUAACUUGAAUACAAAUAUACGUAUACUAAAAAUAAAAAUAUAUAAGUACUUAUGUAUAAAUCAAAAUGUACGUAUGUAGAUACAUGCAAUGAAAGUUCGUUGGAAAGUUUGUAACGCUUAGUUGGUAAACAUUGUUCUUGUUUUCUUAUAUUUCUAAUAAAAUACAAUUAUAUGUUUAAUUAAUUUCACUGUAAAAUGCAAAAUUAUACAUGAAUACAUAUGUACAUAAACAUUUAUUUAUACUUUACGUGCCAUUGCUGCUGAAUAAAACUGAAUUGAAAUGAAACGAAUGAAACAUUGGUUUAUAAAGGUUUGCAUGCCAUGUCCUAAUUCAAUAAAAGAAAUGCUAAUUUAAAAAGUGAAACUUUAUUGUAAUUACUUGUGUUACCUAUGUAUUUGCAAAAUCUGCGUUCUUUGGUACACCUCUCACUAUGAAAAUUAUUAGUAGCGUUUAUUAGCCGGUUAUAAUUUGUUGUACGUCUUGGUUAUGUAGAUUAAACCAUUGGCUCUAUUUAUCGUAAUAAUCGCAGCUCCGUUUGAGUCCUUGGACUUGGUCAAAUAACUUUUAUAAAUCUUUCGCAAAGGCGCGCUGUAGUCCGGAAUCAACUGUCAUAAAUAAUAAACUCAUUGAAAUAUCCUAAGCUUUCUUGAAAUUAUCUCGCUUUAAUCACAAUAAUUGAAUGCAGAUAUUCUUUACAUUUAAUUUAUUGUAAAAUGCACAUACAAAUAUUUUUUCGAAUUAAUUUUAUAUAAAAAUACAAUUUAAAUGAGUUAUCAUAAUUGGCAGCACAGCAAGUGGAUUUCAUUUUGCACUCAGCUGUCACAGUUGUUGGAGCAUCUAAUACAAGUUGUUGGCAACGCCAAACAGCUGUCACUUUAUUUCGCCGAUGUCAAUGGUGGUGGAGCAAAAGUGGAGAAAGAAUUAAAAGCGAGUGUGAUUCUUGUUAGCAGCCGAAAAAGUGGAGCGCUCAUAGUAGAAGUUGUUGCAGUUGUUUAAUUUUCAUAAUUUUUUCAUUUUAGUCGUGUUUAUUUGUACUUUGCUUUGAGUUUAAACAAUUUUAUAGUUGCUACUGCUGUGAAUU